AUGCCCGCCGACCUCAGGCUCCGGGAAAACAAGAAGGCCGACAACAGCCUGCUCAUCUCAGGGUUGCACUUGGAUGGCGUAGGAUUGGAAAAUGGCUCCACCACCGGAGCCUACGAGCUGGAAGACGACGGCGUAUUGCAGACCUUCCGAUGCCGUGCCCGCUGCAGGACCACCUUCACGGCCGUCGGGCACACCAUCACCUCUGUCAUUGGGGCAGGCAUCCUGAACCUGCCCUAUGCCGUCUCCAUCCUCGGCUGGGUGGCCGGCCCUGUGUGCCUCCUCAUAUUCUCCUUCAUCACCCAGUACACCUCCCAGCUCCUGGCAGACUGCGGGGUCAUUCGGGGAGUUCGCCAGCGCACAUACACAGAUGUGGUGGAGGCAACCUUCGGUCGCCGCGAUUAUGUCAUCAUCGCCUGGGUCCAGCACUCCAACCUCAUCCUGGUCACCCUGGCCUUUCAGAUUACGGGAGCCCUCUCGAUGCAGACCGUCGCAACUUCGGUCUGCAAAAUUCACGGGAUCACCAACUGCCUGUCAUCCUACUGGGUCUGGGCGGUGGUGUUUGCCGGCCUGCAGCUGCUCCUCAUCCAGAUGCCAAACCUCUCCUACUUCUGUGAGUCCAGCGGCCCGGCCGGGAUGGGAAACGCAUACGGGACAGUGGCGGGGCAGCCGCUGGAGCCUGCAGCAAAGGCUUUUGGCGUACUGAAUGCCCUGGGCUCCAUCGUAUUUGCCUACUCGUUCAGCAUGAUCCUGAUCGAGAUCCAGGACACAAUCCAGGGGACGCAGAAGGCCGGCCCCAUCCAGAGCAUGCAGAUUGCCGUCAAAAUCUCUGUGGCAUCCAUGACCUUCUUCUACCUGGCGGUGGCAACCGCUGGGUACCUGGCCUUUGGGAACGACGUACCAGCCUACCUGCUCACCGGCUUUGAGCACCCUCGCUGGCUCAUCUUGACAGCCGACAUCAUGGUGGUCGUCCACAUGCUGCCUGCCUACCAGGUCUAUGCGCAGCCAUUCGUGGUGUUUGUCGAGUUUCACUAUGCGCUAUGGGCUCGGGCGCCGCGAAUGCUCCGGCUUGAGCUCCAGUCCUCACACAUGCAGGGCGUGACCUUCAGAAUCCUGUUCCGAUCAGCAUUUGUUGUCCUCCUUGGAGUCCUGGGCAUGUGCCUUCCCUUCUUUGGAGACAUCGUCGGGCUCGUGGGCGCCAUCGGGUUUUGGCCAGCAACUGUAUACUACCCCAUCGAAUGCUGGAUACGGGUGUACAAACCCUCAGAGAGACGCAAAUUCUGGCUGCGGGUGCUGAAUAUCGCCUGCUUUGUUGUCACCCUGGCGGCAACGCUCGCGCGGAUGGGUGUGGCCACGGCUGUGGGCCACACCAUCACCGCCGUGAUUGGGGCCGGCAUCCUGAACCUCCCCUACGCCAUUUCCAUCCUGGGAUGGAUAGCCGGCCCGUUGACCCUGCUGGGGGCUGCCCUGGUGACACUGUUCACCUCCAACUUGCUGGCGGAGUGCAGCGUCAUCCGCGGCGUCCGGCAGAGGACCUACACCGAUGUGGUGCUGACCACCUUUGGGAGGAGGGGGUACAUCAUCAUGGGAUGGGUCCAGCACAUCAACCUGUUCGUGACUGCCAUUGCGUACCAGAUCACCGGCACCCUCUCCCUGCAGUGA